AUGGCUGGGUUCCAACCUUCCACAAUGCUUUCCCGAGGAAGCUCUGCUCCUCAGGAACUACCACUAGCAGAAAUCUUAGUGAGAGUUCAUCAUAGAAACUUGGUCUCUCUCAUUGGGUAUUGUGAUGAGGGUAAAAACAAAGCACUCAUCUAUGAGUACAUGGCUAAUGGCAACCUACACCAAUAUUUAUCAGUUACCAAUAUGAAUGUCCUGAACUGGAAUCAGAGAAUUCAAAUUGCGGUGGAUACAGCACAAGGGUUGGAGUAUCUACAUAAUGGUUGCAAGCCAACUAUCGUUCACAGAGAUUUAAAGACUACCAAUAUCUUAUUAAAUGAAAAUAUGGAAGGAAAGAUAGCUGAUUUUGGGUUGUCAAGGACUUUCGCAGCAGAAAGUGAUUCUCAUGUGUCAACUCGUCCUGCUGGAACACUUGGAUACCUUGAUCCUGAGUUUCAAGCAUCUGGAAACUUUAACAAGAAAAGUGAUGUUUAUAGCUAUGGUAUUGUCCUCUUUGAGCUAAUAACAGGCCGCCCAGCAAUAAUAAAAGGACCUGAAGAAAACACUCACAUACUUGACUGGGUUUAUCCUAUAAUUGAAAGUGGGGAUAUUCAAAACAUUAUUGAUGCAAGGUUACAUGGAGAAUUCCACAAAAAUUCUGCCUGGAAAGCUGUGGAGAUAGCCAUGUCCUGUGUACCACCCGUGGCAAUCCAAAGGCCGGACAUGAGUCAAGUAUUGGUAGAAAUAAAGGAAUGUUUGACUCUGGAGAUGGCUCAUGAAAGAGUCCAAAAUAAGACAACUUCAAACAGUCAACUCGUAGCGGCCUCUUUAGAGCUUGAAUCAGAUAUUGCUGCCCAUGCAAUGUGUUCUUGGCCAAAUAUCUAUUUUCGCUAUAAAGAUGCACCAAUUGCAAAGCCCUGUACAACUGAUGAGUUUGCGGGCUGGGCAUUCUAUACUGAGAUGGAUGCAAGCAAACAGAGGGCAAUGGAGAGGAAGUCGGUGGCUACCUGCAAGCAGCUGAUUGGGUCUUUACUGUCGGCCUCCAAGGCGUUGGUGCAUAUAAAGGCCUUGCAGGAUAGGUGUGUUGCCAACGAAGGGGGAUCGGUUUGUGACUUCAACUUGUCCGUUGGCCUGGGGGUGAGCAAGAGAGGAGUAGUGGUUCAUGAUUCCCAAUUGUUGGUAAAAGUCCCUGAACGCAUCGUUGUCGAAUUGCUUUCCAUUGUUAGAGACAAAGACCUGAGGGAUUCCAAAGCGGCAAAUAAUGCUUUUCCAUAUGAAGUUUCGGACAUUCCAAUCCCUAUUGGGUGA